AAACGAGCGUCUAGGAGGAGCUAACGUUAUCUCACAGCAAAAGCCUUUACUGAUUAAAACAAUGAUAGCCAUAUUUUUUUGGGAAGGGAAUUGUUUUUCAUUUGGUGCGACGGACACUUCAGACAAUCAAUAAGGUGUCGGAUCGAGCAACUAAAAUCUGCCACAAUAUGUCUGCACGUCCUUGUUUCGUGUCUCGAUAAGUGUCCACUCGUUCCUUCUCAUCUGCGUCUUUUUAGUCGUCGUCUGAAUCUGCAACAAACUGAGACAACGCCAGCUAGCUACACCACAGCGUAGAUACGUGUGUAAAAAAACACAACAGUACCACGGAUGGAUUAACAAACAUCAUUUUUUUGGGGGGCCACAUUUCCAACCAAUACGCUUUGCCGGCGGGGAGCUGGUUGGAAGAAGAUGACCCUUUUCUCUUGGCUCGAGGAGGCUUUGCCGCUGCGUGGGGGAGUGGGGUACAUCCUGUGGCGUUUCCUGUGUUUGUAAACUAGACGGUCUUGAACAACGUCGUGGAGCUGAAAGUUUUAAUGCUAGAUGAGUGAGGUGGGUGUGGCUUCCCACCAGCCCGACCAUCCUGACUGACCAUCCUGACUGACGGAUCUCUGGAUGUCCUUGUCCCACCCCCUGUCCCUGCGCUCACAUACACCACAGCAAUGUCACAUCUGCCCAGCAGCUCAGUCCGCGACCAUAUGAAAUGGGCGGGGCUGCUUGGCUGUGAGGCUGUCCUCUCCAGCAUGGCACUGAUGCAGGCUAGUUCCAUGGCUGCUCCACCCAAAAAAAUGAUGGCCCCCCUUGGCCAUGGACCCCAGCAGAGAGACGGACCCGACCGGGCUCCCCAGGGCCAUAUGAUCAUCCCAUCCGGAAUGAGCUGUCCACCCCUGGUUAGGACCAACUUCGGAAAUCUUAUCCGGAAGGACGGUGAAUUCCAAGCUCCCCGCCUGCUGGAUGAGAAGGAGAUGAGAGCCAACGAGGACAUGCAGCAGAAAAAAAAGAAUAGGAAAUCAGUAACGCCCUGCAAAGUGAGAGAACAAGAAGGAAGGGGAGGGAAGGGCACAGGUGCAGAUGAGAAUGGUCCGUCCUCCAAAGUGCAGAAAAACUUUAUUUGUGAUCACUGUUAUGGAGCAUUUAGGAGUGGAUACCACCUGAAGAGACACAUCCUCAUUCAUACAGGGGAGAAGCCGUAUGCUUGUGCCGUAUGUGACAUGAGGUUUAUUCAGCGUUACCACCUGGAGAGACACAGCCUCAUUCACACGGGGGUGAAGCCGUACGCUUGUUCCAUGUGUGACAUGCGGUUUUUCCAGCGUUACCACCUGGAGAGACACAGACUCACUCAUACGGGUAUGCGUCCAUUAACCGUACCCAGUUCAAGGGUGAAGCCGUACGCUUGCUCCAUGUGUGACAUGAGGUUCUUCCAACGUUAUCAUCUGGCAAGACACAGCCUCACUCAUACUGGGGUGAAGCCAUACGCUUGCUCCAUGUGUGAUAUGAGGUUUUUCCAACGCUACCACUUGGCAAGACACAGCCUCACUCACACGGGGGUGAAGCCAUAUGCUUGCUCCAUGUGUGACAUGAGAUUUUUCCAGAGAUACCACCUGGCAAGACACACUCUCACCCAUACGGGGGUGAAGCCGUACGCUUGCUCCAUGUGUGACAUGAGGUUCUUCCAGCGUUACCAUUUGGCAAGACACAGCCUCACUCAUACUGGAGUGAAGCCGUAUGCGUGUACCAUGUGUGACAUGAGGUUUAUACAACGUUACCAACUGGAGAGACACAGUCUCACUCAUACGGGGGUGAAGCCGUACGCUUGCACCAUGUGUGACAAGAGGUUUUUUCAGCGCUACCACCUGGCGAGACACAGCCUCACUCAUAUGGGAGUGAAACCUUAUGCUUGCACCAUGUGUGACAUGAAGUUUUUUCAGCGUUACCACCUGGCGAGACACAGCCUCACUCAUACGGGUGUGAAACCUUAUGCUUGCACCAUGUGUGACAAGAGGUUUUUUCAGCGCUACCACCUGGCGAGACACAGCCUCACUCAUAUGGGUGUGAAACCUUAUGCUUGUACCAUGUGUGACAUGAGGUUUGUUCAGCGUUACCACCUGGCGAGACACAGCCUCACUCAUACGGGUGUGAAACCUUAUGCUUGCACCAUGUGUGACAAGAGGUUUUUUCAGCGCUACCACCUGACAAGACACAGCCUCACUCAUAUGGGUAUGCGUCCGCACACCUUACCCAUGUCACUGAGAUCAGACUGCAGUUACAUAAUGUCAGAGGCUCCCAGGCAAUUAUUUACCUGUAAAAGUGUGAAACCUUUUGCUUGCCCCAUGUGUGACAUGAGGUUUGUUCAGCGUUACCACCUGGCGAGACACAGCCUCACUCAUACGGGGGUGAAGCCGUAUGCUUGUUCCAUGUGUGACAUGAGGUUUAUUCAGCGUAACCACCUGGAGAGACACAGCCUCACUCAUACGGGAGAGAAGCCCUUUGCUUGUGACAUGUGUGAUAUGAGGUUUAUCCAGCGCUACCACCUUGAGAGACACAAGCGUGUCCAUAGUGGGGAGAAGCCCUAUCAGUGUGAACGGUGCCAGCAGAACUUUUCACGGACAGACCGGCUGCUGCGACACCGGCGGCUGUGCCAGGGCCGCGGCGUGGCCAAGGUGGAGAACCAGCCGUGCUGCGAACCGCGCCCGUACGGCCAGGAGCCGCCGCCCGCGCCCCCCACCUGGAGCCCCCUGCACCCCCCUCCGGGCCGACUGGCGGUCUGACAUUCCACCUCCUCGGCACCCACAACAUCGCCGGAGACGGGACAAGCCAAAGGGUUUCUUGUUUUUCUCAGCGCCGUGCCGAGUGACGCCGCCAUGCUCCAGCCCGGGCUGUUCUCGCAGCUCGGGUCUCUGGAUUUCUAAUGACAGUGACAUUUUUUUUUUUUGUUUAGUUGACUUUUUACUGUGUUUACUUUUCUCUAUCACCCCCCUCUUCCCCUGUUUUUUUUUUAAAGACAAAACUUUUCUGUGAUGAACAGUUGUCCUGUUUUGUACUUUAAUCUAUUUGAUUUUUGCAACAAAGAAGGUUUUAUGGUUGUUGAAUAUAUCUGCGUCCGGUGGUACUCUGGGAGGAUUUGGGGGUUUGUCCUGAUGCAUUUGCAAAAUAGGAUGAAAAGUAUUUGAACCUUUUUUUUAAUUUUAUUUUUUAAAUUUCUCCUUUUUGACUUGACUUAAGGUCCAUGAAUUAGGUCAAAAUUUAUCAUACUGAACUUUCCUGACAAUUGAAGUCCAGGAACUGAUCUGUCAGCAUCUCAUGUAGACCAAAGCAUCAAGACAUUUCACUGAAAGCAGUGUGUGGUCUGAAUAUGAUUUGGACAUUAGUAUUUCCCUGAAUUUAUCAACCUAGGACUUACAGUUUUAAUGAUUACUUUGUGUAGAUAAUUCAAAGUGCUUAUUUCGCUAUGGGACUUAAGUGCGGAAUUCUUUUUUUUUGUUCACAAAUAUGCCGAAAAACAAAAGGAUCAUUCAACUGUUUCAAAUACGAUCCCAUUGUUUUAAAGACAUCCUACGGAAACCUGAGAAACUUUUGAGUGUUUUUUUAUUCAAAAAAAAAAAAAAAAUGAGAGAAAAAAAAAAAGGUAGUAUCAAACAUGCUUCUCAACUGUAAACCUGAACUUCCAAGACUGGGACGGAGAGAGCGAGCCGGGGGGGGCUCUGUGUCUGCCAUGGGGGGGUCACAGCAGACACAGGCUCAUGCUCGGUUCUGUGAUGUACACACUAACAGAGACUCAUGCCAUUGUGCGUUCAGCCGUGUGUGUACGGUGUGUAUGCAGAGAUCUGCAUUACUUCACAGAAAGGCGUCUCAUCUUGCUCUGUCCAUAGAUUCUGGUCUCAAAUAGCACAGGUUGGCCUCUCACGGUCCCAUUAUGUUGUUUGUACAGUUACUCUCAUUGUGAAAUUAGUGGGGGUGUACAAAAUCUUGUGGCCUUAGUGUUUUUUGUUUCUUUCAUUGGUCUUUUUUUCUCAACUGUUUUAUUAUUGUGGAUCAGAUGUAUUUACUAAGGAAGCCUUCCAUCAUCAUUGUAUGUUUUUAUUUCUUUGUUUUAUCCUAAAGCUGUCGUGGUUACAGGAUGUUGACUGCUUCGGGGGCGCUAAAACAGACUGAUGUCUUCUCCAGUCGAGAGAGCUCGUCUCUUGAUGAUGGUCAAUAUUUUGGGUCAUUGUUACUGAUUUCAGUGUAACGCAGUAUGUAACCCGUAGGGCAGCCCCCCCCCCCCACCACCCCACCCGUGAGGUCCUUUGUGAGAAGUCAGUAGUGCUCAAUUGUUUCCCACUGCAGCGCUCGGCCUGGUCCCACACCGGUCAACACUCACUCGACUCUACUACACACUAACAUUUGCCUUUUAUUAUCCAAAUAUUUCGUGGUUGGUGUGUAAUAAUGGACGUCUGACAUGUCAUUGGGUAUACCCGUGAGUGAGUGCAGAUACACAAAUAUUCAUUGUAGUACUAAACGAUAUUGUAAUGAACGAUUUCUUUUACCUAAUGAUGCAGCCUGAUAGUGGUGCGAAAGGCUCUGGCGAUCGAGGCCACUUUGCCGCCAGUUGAGAAGGUUUCUCAAACUUGAUCCCUUCUGUGACUCUAGUCUCAACUGCCCUGUCAAAGGUGCGGGGCGGCAGAAUUAGUCUGCUAAUCUGAGCACGCAUGUUCGUAUCAAGAUGUCAGAGCAAGUAACCGAAACCAUCUUGAUUGAUUUCAGUCACCGAGAUUUUAUUUAUUUUUGAGUUCAAAGUUCCUGAUGCGAACCCAGUGGCAGCGAGGGGGGCCAAGUUUGAGAAAGGCAUUAAUUGUGCAAACACUAUUUCAAAGGUGUGGAACGGAUACUGCUGGUGGGAGAAAUGGCUUACGGGCAAUACAGUAUAUAGUUGCAGUCACUUGUUAAUACCUUUUUGACUUAUUGUUUGUAGUAUUAUCAAUCUCAUUGUUAAAACAUGGAGUCCUUCAGUCUCAGACCAUUUGUUUAUAAGAAUGAGGUUUAAUUUUUCAGAUGGAUCAGAGGAUUUUGUUGAACAUUUUAAUGAUUGUUUUAAGGAGCUUUUUUUAUUCUGAUGAACUUGUAAACACUGGAGUGAAGGGAGAAAAAGACAAAAAAAAAAUGUUUUUCCAUCAGGCUGUACUAGAUUUUAGGUUUUAGACAGAGCCUUUCUCUCCUCAACUUGGCACACAAGUGGACAGAACAAUUUGGAUCAGUACAGUUGAGAGCCCAGUAUGUUUGGUAAUUUUCUCAUUAGCGACAGUAGUACCUCAAGAAAAUGUCUUUUUUUUUUUUUUUUUCUUAUACAAAAUCCCUGGUAUUUGUAGUAAAUUAUAUUGAUAAUGGUAUUAGAUGAACAACAGCAUAACAGUAGCUAUCACAGAUUAGUUGUUUUCUUUUUAUUAGUCUUGCAUGCAGAGUUAUGGUCCUCAGUUAAGAUAGGAUCUUGAUAUUGAUUAUUUUGUGUAGGAAAAUGAGUGCAUAAGAAUAACUGCCUAAAAAAAAAUUACGAUUAUUGUAAAAUGGGCUAACUAAUAUGUACCCUUGUGAUCCAAUUAGUUUCAACUAUAUGAAAAUCAGAGGAGAGGCUUCUUAUUAUGAUGCUGAAAUAAAAUAAUUUGUAAAGGA